GUCGUUGUCAUUGAAAGACGUUCGUACUUUGUCGUUGACCGACACGUAUCUUAUCAAGUCGAGUCGCAUGAAAUAACCGGUUCUGUGAUAAAAGGAGGGGGGGUCAUUUGUUGGUAAGCAGUGUGUGCUUAGGUGUGGUGUUGAGUGCAGUUCAGGUGGGUAUUGAGGCUAGGUAGUCGCUGGGUGUCGCCGCGAACAUCGAUUGAGAUUCAGUCCAUGUUCUGCAAGAAUCUAGUACAAAUUCUGCAUACACGGCAUAAUGAGACGAGCCUCAUUAAAUAUGCUCUGAUAGAUGUGAUGCUACUCACUCUUGCAACAGGAGUAGAGCACUGGUGUGGUCGUAGAGCGUCCUCGUCACUGCGUUGUCAGGGCCCAUCUCAGUUCUCGCUAGAUACCAACUCUGAACAAGGCCUGGCGAGAAUCGGACGACUUUCCGUCUCAACAACGUUUAAUACUAGGUCCUCCUCAGCCCAGCUCACUCAUUCAGUUGAGCUUAAAGUCGGUGUGCCUCAUUUAUGUUGUGAUAAUCGCGGUCCGAACACUUUAUACGCUCUUGACGCUGUAUACGCCGCAUACGCGAUUAUUCUUCCAAUGGUAUGCUACUUGCUUACUUGGAGAAGAAGUAAAAGUCACUUGAAUAUGCAAAUAAUUGAAAGGGAACCUCCUCAAAAAGGAUCACAAUAUUCUUACGUUGUCAUUGAUCAUCGCGGAGCUGCCUCCGGAUUGCCCAUAGCAAUCCCACCCAGCGCAAGCCGAACCCCGCAGUUUGGCCAUAGCUCUGCUCAACGUCAUAGGCUCAUAAAGCUCCACCAAACCCCAUCCGAACACUAGCCUACGAGCAAUUGACGUCUUCAGGUGGGCUAAGCUAUCUUUAUUCCCACGUGUGCCGCCUUUAGAGGGGGCGAGUCCGUUGUAGUUUAUAAUCGAUCUUCACACCCACUCAUAGACGCCAUGCGCUCUUUUGUAACAGCAACUCGAUCACUCGGACGCCAACAAGCUUAUAGAAGUCGCUUCCAGAAGAGGCCAUUACCAGUAAUUGUUUCGCGAGGAUACGCCAACAUGGGUCAUUCAGUACCACCGCUCAAUGACAAGUCUCUCUUGAAGAGCCAGACAUAUGUCAACGGAGAAUGGAUAGAUGCAAAGUCGGGCAAGACUUUCGAGGUCCAUGGUAUUUCUGUCUUUCAAACUCUUCAGAGACCGUCCCUCUAAC